AUGAUCAAUGAACUCAACCGGAAAAUCGGAAAUGAUGCCGGGCUUGAAAUUGGGGGAACCCUGACCCCCUUCAGCCACUCCCUGGAAUCCAUACCCCGACAAAAGGGUAUGAAACACUACAACUUUGAAUCUUUCAAUGGACUGGGAGACCCGGAGGAACACCUGCACUACUUUGAACAGAUAGCCCUGAUAUACUACUACAAUGAUCUGACAAAAUGCCGCUUCUUCGCAUCCACAUUCAAGGGAGGGGCCCAGAGAUGGUUCAGCCGGAUCCCCUCCCGGAGCAUCGGAUCCUGGAAAGACUUCAGGGAAGCCUUCCUCAGAAGGUUCCGAGCAAACAAGACACAUGAACUUCAUAUGUGUCACCUGGAAACGGUUCGUCAGUAUGACAAUGAGGCACUCUCAGAUUACAUGAAACGUUUCCAGGAAGCAAUCAACAAAAUCUCCAACCUGGACGAGCGUGAGGCUUUGAGCAUUUUCAGAAGAAACCUAGACCCGGAACAAAAUGAGAGAUAUGUUGUCGAGCUGAUCAACAAAGAACCCCAGAGCCUGGCGGCUGCUUAUGCCAUGGCUGCAAAAUUCAUCAAAGAAACCGACGUACUCCAAGCCAUGAGAAUGACCAGACAGGGCAGCUCAAGAGGAAAACAGGUCGAGGAUAGACCCCGGAAAGAAUAUCACCAGGAUAAGAAAUUCAAACCGGACAGACAGACAAACUUCAUCCAGCAAUCAGGUUCCAAGAGGACCAGCCAACAGGGAUCCGGGUCCAGAAGUGACCCCGGUCCAAACAAAGCAACCAGGGAACCAAAACCAGAGCCCGAAUGGACUCCUCGAAACAGAUCCCGCGAGGACAUACUCAAGGAGGUCAGGGACAAACCCUUCUACUACCCACCAAAACCCAUGCAGACUCCUCCUGAAAGCAGACCCACCAACAGACACUGUGACUAUCAUGGCACCCACGGUCACAAAACGGAAAACUGCAUAUCCCUCAAGUAUUUCAUUGAAGAGCAAAUCAGCAAAGGCAACAUGGGGCAAUACAUCGCCCGGAACACAGCAAACAAGGGAGAGGGUUCGGGGAAACAAAAGAACAUUGUCAACGUAGUACUGGGCGGAUCCUGUUCCCCUCCUCCCAGCCCGGACUCCUGUCAAGAAGUCAUGUCCAUCCAAGCCUUCCCCGAACAAGUCAUUUCCUUCAGCAGCAAGGACUUCGAGGGCGUCACCCGGGGUCACAAUCAGGCCCUGGUGGUAACCUUGGACAUAGCCGAGAAUGAGGUCAGACGGAUCCUAGUCGACAACGGCUCCUCAGCAAACAUCUUGUUCAAACAUACCAUGGACCGAAUGCAACUAGGGAACAUCCGGAUGAACGACUACAGGGAGGACCCCUUAUACGGAUUCGGGAACAGCAUUGUCCCGGUACUAGGAACCCUUUACCUCCCGGUUCGUUUUGGCACAGCCCCAACCCAGGUCGUCCAUAUGAUCAAAUUCUAUGUCACAGACACUCCUUCCUCUUACAAUGUGAUCAUUGGCCGUCCGGGUCUGAACAAAAUCGAAGCCAUCACUUCUGUCACGCACCUGAAAUUCAAAUUCCCAACUCCGUUCGGGGUAGGCGAAGUCAAAGGAGAUUCGGAAACAGCCGGGGUAUGCUACAGCCAAGCCUUGGUUAUGGCGGAAACCCAUAUGGACAACAAGAGAAAGGCUACCGUCUUCCAAAAACAGAGAAGCAACAAAAAACAUCGACCUUACCCGAGAACAAACCCUAAGGGUGAAGUCCAGGUCAUCGACCUAGACCCGGGCAGUCAGAACCCGGGAGCAACCAACCCUGAUCCUGGACAAAGCAACCAGAAAGCAACCAUGAGCCCAGCUCAAAAUUUUGUUGAAAAGAACACCGAUGCCCGGAUCCAACAAAUGAUCUCGGCACAAGAAUUGACUAAGGUCGAAGCUGCAGUCGAAACCGAGUCUGUCCUGAUCGAGAAAGACAACCCGACAAGGAAAAUCAAAAUUGGAAAAGGCCUGGAUACCGUUUUUAAAGAAGAACUCAUCCAACUACUUCGGAGCUACGCAGAUGUUUUUGCCUGGAGCCCGGACGACAUGCCCGGGUUGGAUGAGUCACUAGCAAUGCACAGCCUGGAUGUGGACCCCAAGAAAAAACCGGUCAAACAAAAACGAAGAAAUUUUGCACCAGAAAGGCAGAAGGCAAUAGAUGAGGAAGUUGGCAAAUUGAUGAAGGCAGAUAUCAUCUGCGAGAUCAAAUACCCGGAGUGGCUAGCUAAUGUAGUCAUGGUAAAGAAAGCAAACGGAAAGUGGAGGAUGUGUGUUGACUACACGGAUCUGAAUGCGGCAUGCCCGAAGGACCCUUAUCCUCUACCAAGCAUAGACCAGCUUAUUGAUGCCACAUCAGGACACCUGAUGUUAAGCUUUAUGGACGCCUUCUCCGGGUACAACCAGGUUAAGAUGAACCCAGCAGACAUAGCCAAAACAGCCUUCAUAACCCACCGGGCAGUGUAUGCUUACAAACUGAUGCCUUUCGGGUUAAGGAACGCCGGGUCUACAUACCAGAAGGCAAUGAAUGAAAUUUUCAAAGACCAACUUGGAAGAAAUUUGGAAUGCUAUGUCGACGACAUCAUCUCUAAAUCAACAUCAGUCCCGGGUCACAUUUCAGAUCUCAGAGAAUGUUUUGAGAACAUGAGAAGGACUAAGCUAAAGCUCAACCCGGACAAAUGCACCUUUGGGGUAGAAGCUGGAAAAUUUUUGGGUUUUAUGGUAAGCAAUCGGGGUAUCGAAGCCAACCCGGAGAAGAUCAAAGCUGUACAAGAGAUGCAACCACCUCGGACUCAGAGGGAAGUCCAAAAGCUAGCAGGCUCCUUAGCGGCACUUCGAAGGUUUGUCUCCAAACUUGCUGAACGAUGUCUACCCUUCUUUGAGUUGCUAAAAGGGGCAAAAAACCAGAAAUUAGUAGAAUGGAGCCCGGAUUGCCAAAAAGCCCUUGAUGAGAUCAAAGCAUACCUGUCCAAACCCCCGAUCCUGACAAAAGCCUUACCCAGAGAACCUCUCUACCUAUACCUGUCAGCCAGUCCCUUUGCCGUCGGGGCAGCCUUAAUCAGGGAAGAAGCCGGGCAGCAGAAGCCCGUCUACUAUGUCAGCCAGGUCCUCAAAGAUGCGGAGACCAGAUACCCCAACUUAGAGAAAUUUGCUUUCGCACUGAUCACCGCGUCCAGAAAACUCAGACAUUACUUCCAAGGAAGAGAAAUCAGGAUUGUCACAGACCAACCGCUAAGGAAAAUCAUUCACAAGCCAGACAUCUCCGGGAGACUGGUGAACUGGGCAAUCGAACUUAGCCAGUUCAGCCUAACGUUUCUACCCCGGACAGCAGUCAAAGCCCAGGUCUUGGCAGACUUCGUAGUGGAAUGCAACUUCCCAGAAAAUCAAACAACUCCCAUGGAAACCGAACCUGAAGCCCCGGUAGAGUCUAACCCGGGGUCUUGGAUACUCCAUGUCGACGGUUCCUCAACAACCGAAAGAUCAGGAGCCGGGCUAAUCCUGAAGAGCCCAGAUGGGUUCACCAUCAAAACAUCAAUCUCUUUCAACUUCGCAGCAACCAACAAUCAAGCAGAAUAUGAAGCCCUAUUAGCGGGAUUGAGGUUGGUCCGGACCUUGUCAAUCCGGAACCUCACCAUCUACAGUGAUUCCCAGAUCGUGGUCAGACAGACCAAUGGGGAGUACCUUGCCAAAGACCCGAUCCUGACCAAGUAUCAGGCCUUGGUAAAAGGCUACCUCACUCUGAUCCCCGGAUGCAAGAUCUUGCAGGUCAACAGGGAAGAAAAUGCUGAAGCGGACAACCUCUCCAGGUUGGUCCAAAAUUCAGCAGACCUGGAUAGCUCAGUCUAUUUCGAGGAAUUGCACAAGCCAACAAUAGAUCAUGAAGAAAUCUUUGAAAUCAACAACGACCCUACCUGGAUGACUCCCCUGAUCAACUACAUAGAGAAGGGAGAGUUACCCGAAGACAAGGGGAAAGCACAACGGCUGAAGGCUAAGGCGGCCAAAUUUUUUGUCGAAGGAGGAACACUCUUCCGCCGGACCUACUCAUCCCCAAUCCUGAAAUGCAUAGGUCCGGAGGAGGCCGAAUAUUGUCUAAGAGAAGUUCACGAAGGGAUCUGUGGAGAUCACAUGUCGGCAAAAGGCCUGGCAUAUAAAAUCAUCCGGCAAGGCUACUACUGGCCAACAAUUCAUCAAGACUCCGUCGAGUUUGUUAAGAAGUGCAAAAAUUGCCAACUUUUCAGCAACGUGCCCCGGGUAAGCCCUGUCCUACCCUCCUCGGUCUUAUCCCCGAUCCCCUUUGCUGUAUGGGGGAUAGACAUCAUGGGACCCUUUCCCCGGGCUAAAGGAGACCUCAGAUAUUUGCUUGUCUCCAUUGAUUAUAUGACCAAGUGGGUUGAAGCCAAGGCAAUGCGGACGAUCAACCAGCAAGAUGUCAUCCGAUUCAUGGACAACAUCCUGAUGAGAUUCGGGCUACCAAGAGUCCUGGUCUCAGACAAUGGACCCCAGUUCAUAGGGUCGGACUUCGAAAGCUACCUGGCCGAAAGGGGCAUCAAGCAUAAAAAAUCUUCAGUCUCCUACCCUCAAGGAAAUGGCCAGGUAGAGGUCACCAACCGGAUCCUCCUGAGAGGAAUUGAAAAAAGGCUGGAAGAAAGCAAGAGCAAGUGGCCAGAAGAACUACCUCAUGUCCUCUGGUCAUACCGAACUAGUCCUCGGACAAGCACCGGAGAAACUCCCUUCAAAUUGGCCUAUGGAACGGAGGCAAUGCUCCCAAUCGAAGUCGGGUCACCUUCCCACAGAGCGAUCAACUUUGAUGAAAUUGCGAAUGAAGAAGGACUCCGGGUCAACCUGGACUUGGUAGAUGAGGUCCGAGAUCAGGCAAUCGCAAGAAUGGAAAAGUACAAAGAGAAGACCCGGGAUCAUUUCAGCAAAAAAUCCCGGGUUAGGAAUUUUCACAAAGGAGACCUGGUCCUACGAGACACCGAAGCCUCUGACCCAACCAACACUGGCAAGCUGAUGCCUAAGUGGGAAGGCCCUUACAAAGUCAAAGAAGUCCUAAGGCCGGGCACCUACAAAUUGGAGCAUAUGGACGGGUCAGAAGUAUCCAACACCUGGCAUGGUCUUAGGUUGAGGAAGUUCUAUCAGUAAAAUCAACGAGAAGGAAGGAUCCUAGAAGACAGCCAUAUACCCCUAAAAAGCAAUCAUGUACUUUUGAUCAUUAUCAAAGCUGUGUAAUCGUCUGAAUAUGAAUGAAGUCUUUUGCUACUAAUGAAUCUAUAUUGUUAUUUACUUAGAAAAUUUCUAAGGCAACCAAAAGCAUACUAAAGCAAUCACCCCGGGAAAGAUCUACCCGGGUCCAUCCAUUUUAUUUGCUUGGAAAAAUUUCUAAGUACAAACAUGUAUAAAGCAAUCAACCCGGGUAAGCAUUGCCCGGGUCCAUCUAUUCUAUCUACUUCGAAAAAUUUCUAAGUACAAACAUGAAUAAAGCAAUCAACCCGGGUAAGCAUUGCCCGGAUCCAUCUAUUUUAUUUCCUUAGAAAAAUUUCUAAGUGCAAGCACAUAUAAAGCAAUCAACCCGGGUAAGCAUUGCCCGGGUCCAUCUAUUCUAUCUACUUCGAAAAAUUUCUAAGUACAAACAUGAAUAAAGCAAUCAACCCGGGUAAGCAUUGCCCGGAUCCAUCUAUUUUAUUUCCUUAGAAAAAUUUCUAAGUGCAAGCACAUAUAAAGCAAUCAACCCGGGUAAGCAUUGCCCGGGUCCAUCUAUUCUAUCUACUUCGAAAAAUUUCUAAGU